AUGCCGUCCAGCAGCUUGCCGGCUCCCCGGUUCGUUACGCAGCGUCUGGAUCACUUUGACGGAUCAGAUACCACGACCUGGCAGCAGGCCUACUAUGUCAAUUCGACCUAUUUUCAGGCCGGCUCGGACGCCCCCGUCUACCUGUGCGUGGGCGGUGAGGGCCCACCCCUGGAUGGCAGCGUGGUUGUGGCCUCGGUCCACUGCAACGUCGCCGUCGAGCUGCUGCCCAAGACUGGUGCCAUCAUGUUUGCCCUCGAGCACCGCUACUACGGUUGCCACAACAUGUCUGCCUGCCCCGUUGAAAACCCCCUGGCCAAGGGCGCGCUUCGCUACCUCUCCUCGCGUCAAGCCCUCGGCGAUCUGGCUGCUUUCAUCUCCUACAUCCGUCAGCAGUACAACCUUCCCAACAACAAAAUCGUCACCUUUGGUGGCUCCUACCCCGGUAUGUUGGCCGGCUGGGCACGUCUAAAAUACCCACACCUGGUACAUGCCAGCGUGGCCUCUUCAGCCCCCGUCGAAGCCGUCCUUGACAUGCGUGGCUACUACGACGUCACUGCAUUUGCCUAUUCGGUGAGCGAUAACAACGUUGGUGGCAGCGACGCCUGUCGUGCUGCCAUCGCCACAGGGCACGCCACCAUUGGUCAGUACUUCAACUCCUCCUCGGGCCGAAACACCCUGGCCAACAUCUUUGGCCUGCCUGCCAGCUACUUUGAAAAGUACGACAACCAGGCUUCUUUUGCCGGUGGUGGCGUGGCCUACUUCCCUUCCCAGAGCAAUGACCCUAGCUGCACCCAAGCUGGUUGCAACAUCAACCUCAUUUGCCAGGUCAUGACCAAUACCUCCCUGGGUGAUGAGGUUCAUCGUCUUGCUGUGGUCCGCAAGCAGCAGCUCGAGUGGCUGCCUGCUGCCUUUGAGAGCUUUGCCACCAAAACGCUUCGCGUCGGCGCCGAGGCCGACUAUUGGGGCUACCAAACCUGCACCGAAUUCGCCUUUUACCAAACUUGUGAGGUUGGAUCCGACUGCUUCUUCACCCAAGGCUAUCUGACCCUCAACGCCACCGAAGCCGCCUGCCAGGCUGAAUUUGGCAUCGACUUUACCACCGUGCAACAAAACGUGAUCGCCAGCAACGCCUGGUAUGGUGGGCGCAACUCGGCCGGGUCUUGCCUCAUGUACCCCAACGGUGAAGUGGAUCCUUGGAACUCGCAAUCCAUUCUGAACACGACCGCUCCAGGCAUUACCACCCUGAUGGUGCCAGGUGCCUCCCACCAUGCUUGGACCCAUCCCUCUGCGCCCUCCGACCAGCCCAGCGUUGUGGCUGCGCGCAAGACCAUUGCCGAUUUCGUCUCCAACGCCCUCAACCAAGCCUGUGGACAGGUCUAA